AUGCUACCCCAACUCUUCCUACUCUUGACAGUCUUCUUCCUUCUACUCGUCAAAUUUACAUUUUCCAAAAACCUGAAAAACCUCCCACCAACUCCUCCGACAUGGUCUAUCAUCGGAAACUUGCAUCAGAUCGGAGAAAAACCUCAUAUUUCCAUCACGAACUUGGCCAACGAAUAUGGCCCUCUCAUAUCUCUCCAUCUCGGAAGCCAACUUCUUGUGGUUGCCUCUUCUCCGGAGGCGGCUAUGGAAAUUCUCAAAACUCAUGAUCGUAUUUUUUCUGCUCGUUUGGUGCCUAGUGCGUAUCGACAAAGUUCAAUAUUACCCUAUACCCUCGUAUGGUCUGACUGCAAUCAAACUUGGAGAACUUUAAGAGCCAUUUGUCGCACUGAAAUAUUUUCCGUUAAAGCCAUUGAAAUCCACUCCAGGGUACGAGAGGAGAAGGUAAGUUACAUGUUGGAUUUCUUGCGCAGUAAAGAAGGAGAAGUGCUUAAUAUCGCGGAAGUUGUUUUCACGACUUCGUUUAACAUUUUGAGUUGCAUAAUAUUUUCCAAAGAUUUGCUUGAUUUGAAAGAUGAACAUCACACUCGUGGUGGAUUGAAAGAUUCAAUCGAAAAGGUAAUGGAAUAUGGAGGUAAACCUGAUUUCAGUAAUUUUUUCCCCAUGUUCCGGAUAUUGGAUCUUCAAGGAAUAAGGAAGGGAAGCCACAAAAACAUCAAAAGGGUGUUUAGUUUUUGGAAAGAAAUAAUAAAGGAAACAAGAUCGCAAAUGGGUUCUUCUGCAUGGACCUCCAAGCAGACAAAAUCUUUAUUGGAUCGAUUGCUUGAAGAAGGAGUUUCAGACAACCAGAUCAAUCAGUUGGCUCUAGAAUUAUUCAUUGGAGGUACCGAUACGACAACUUCGACCGUGGGAUGGGCUAUAGCCGAGUUGCUAAGAAACAAAGAGGCCUUGUCUAAAUUAGAAAGAGAAGUGAAGAAAGAAAUCAACUCUGACAAAAUUACUGAAUCUCAACUCUCAGAGUUACCUUAUCUACAAGCUUGUAUCAAAGAAACCCUAAGAUUACAUCCAACCACCCCUUUCCUACUUCCUCAUCAGGCUCAAGAAACUUGUGAGGUUAUGGGUUAUACCAUUCCAAAGGGUGCUGAAAUAUUUGUCAACAUUUGGGCAAUAAGUCGUGACCCUAAAAUAUGGGAUGACCCUCUAUCAUUCAGACCUGAAAGAUUCCUUGGCUCAAAGGUGGAUUUUAGAGGCCACAAUUUCGAGUUCACACCAUUUGGUGCAGGGAGAAGAAUGUGUCCUGGUUUGUCCUUAGGUCUUAGGAGUGUUGAACUUUUAUUAGCAUCGUUAGUUCAUGGGUUGGAGUGGGUCCUUCCGGAUGAUGACGAUCCUUCGAAGCUUGAUAUGGAUGACAAAUUCGGUGUAACUUUGCAGAAGGAAAAACCUGUGAAACUCAUCUGCAAACUCAAAAAAGAAUCUUUGGUUGCAUAACUAUAUGCAAUUAAUUUCCUCUUUUAAUGGGUUUUCUCGUAUGUAAGCUCGUGUUGCUUGUAAUCGUCUAUGUUAAAUCAAGAGGACUUAGGUUUUGCUAA